AUGGAAGUUUUCUCAUGUAUGGUUUCUAGAGCGUGUGAUUCUGGGAGACUUAAGGGUGUUAAACUUCCUAUCGGGGGUCCGAUUAUUUCGCAUCUUUUAUAUGCUGAAGAUGCCUUGAUAAUUGGGGAAUGGGAAGAGGAGAAUAUCCGGUCAGUGGCUAGAAUUUUACGGGUUUUCUAUGCUUGUUCGGGGUUGAAAAUUAAUAUUCACAAGUCUAAUCUGAUGGGCAUGGGGGUUGAUGAAGAGGAGAUUGCCCGUAUGGCGGAGGUUAUGGGCUGUAUUAAAGGGAGCGUCCCCUUUAAUUACCUGGGAAUUCUGUUAGGGGCGAAUAUGAAUAGGGUCUCCAAUUGGGAGCCCAUAUUUUCGAUCUUUAUGAAUCGUCUUGCCUCUUGGAAAGCUCACACUUUAUCGAUUGGGGUCGGGUAG